AUGCCCCCCAAAUCGAAACGAUCCCAAUCCCCCGAAUCCCGCUUUUUGUUCGUCAAUGAGGACGCGUCGACCUUCACCCGAAUAACCAAAGAUGCCGAGCUUGACAGAACCAAGCAGAGUCAUGUUCAACGACAAAAUUUUGCCCGAAAACGUCGCCUUCGGGAGCAGUCCAUAUCAGCUCCGCCAACAAGCAGUCAGAGUUCGGUCUCUCCAGGCCCUACUAUCGCUGAUCCUCGUACAGAAGUUUCUUCUUCUCAGGGAGGCCCGUCUCAUGGUACAGAUUAUUUCGACAUUAUCCAAAAUAUCGACCUCGGUGAUCCCCCAUUUCAAUCAACAAGUCCACUGUCUCCAUCACAAGAUCCGCUAGAUCCGCGAUUCUCUGCUUUACUCUCAGAUCCCUUCUCCCUCACGGGCCCCUCGCCCAUUAUUCCGACCCGGCCAAGCGAUUUCUUUGAAAUCUCACAUCCCUACCGACCUGGCCACUCCUUUGAUACACCUUCUCUAAGCCACAGUGGUACCUCGCCGCCAAGAGGGUUGACCAGCAUCGCGAGUCCUCCCAUCCUCCUCAGAAGAGUACCAAGCCUGCUCGAGAACAACACCCGUCUCCUAGAACAAUGGGCACCUCCUCUGAUUCAACACUACAAUACCAAAAUUCUACCAGAGACCUUCUGGAAGGACACCCAAAAAGUGCCAUUGGGUCAAAUUCGGCAUGCUCUAUCGAUCCACGCCGAUAUGCAAGCCUGUAUGGCUGAGCCCGCGCAUAUGUACGCAUUUCUAGCCGCUGCAUCCACUCAAAUGAUCGCCAGGGAAGGCCGGCUUCUACUCCCCGAUGCGACGGAGGAAGACUCGCGACGGGCUCCUACCUUCUUCAAGACAAAGGCGAUUCGAGCUUUAAGAGCGAAACUCGCCACCGGACAAUUGGACCACCACCUGGCCGUGGAUGCACACAGGCUUUAUUCUACGGGAAUAGAUACAGAUAACUAUGAGGUCGCCGAGCCUCAUUUUCAAGCCUUGCUGUCUAUGGUGGAAGCGCUCGGUGGUCUCGGUACAUUUGAUGAGUAUCAUCUUGAAAAAAUGAUUCUGCUCGAUUGCACCGCGGCACUAAAGUGCCUUGGUGUACCACGCCUGCUUGCAAUCUGGGAUCCGGGGCCUCUCACUGAGGCAAUGCUCGUCAACAUUGGGUCACAGGGUCAAUAUCAUCUCUCAGCAGGGACAAGAUUAAGGGAGAUGUUGGAGAUGAAUCCUUGUCAAGCCUUGGCCGAGAGCUUUUCAGACCUUGUCCAGGUGCUCAAGAUGUCCGUUUACCUGACCAAUCUCCCUGAAUAUAUCCCCGAGCACUAUAAGUGGUUCAACUGGCGUGUCUUGAUCAUUCUGCACAGGCUCCUUUCGAUGCCUUUGCAUUGCGAAAUGAACGACACGACAGACUGCCUGAGAAUUGCUACGGCCUAUUGGACCGCUAUGACACGAGCACCCGCUAUGGCUCGACGUGCCGCCGCGAAAUCAAAUCAUACGCUCAGGAGAAAGCUCGAACGUACAGAUUUGCGAUAUCUCUGGCGGCCCCACACGGACUGCCUCCUUUGGGUUGUUGUUUUUGGCGGAAUUUGCAGCGAUGACAAAGACGAUGUUGAAUGGUAUGUCGGUGUCGCCAAGGUCACCGCGACGGAAAUUGGGGUGAGAAACCUCCAAGCUUUAGAAGACUUGUUUUCGACAUUUCUGUACGACCCAAAUUCACAGCGGGAAAUGCUUAUUCAGUUUGCGGCGCGGAUGUGGCCGGUGAAUGACAUGAUUAGAUGA